GGGGAAUCACCGCGAGCGGUGACUAGACGGACGUAGCAGGAAUGAGCAACUAAGCCGCAGCGGUCAGUCUCCCUCUGAACAGUGAAGAGGCAAGAGCUAACACGCUGUGCGGUCUCCGUCGAUUUCUGAGAAGGAGUGUGUUCGGCUGGCCUUAGUCUUCGUCCUGGCAGUUGCCCUGGGGUGAAAAUGAUCCUCUCUGUUGCCUUUGUCUUUUGCAACAUUUUCUUGGUCAUGGCAGUCCCACAUGGCCCUGGCAGCAACCAUGGACACCAUCAAGCUGGAGGACAAUCUGAGUACCGUUAUCAUGGCCCUUUUGUUAAUGGUCCACUAACCAGGGGGUUGAUCGUAUGGCAUGGGCCAGAUGGCCCUCGGAUCAGGAAAGUUAUUCUAGAUACAUCAAACAGCAACCAAGGCACAUGGACGGGCCUUCCUGGCGACGCUAUCGGUAAUCCUACUAGAAAUUCUCCCUUCCCUGGGCACCAGUCAGGAACUGGAGUGGGACACAUACAUGGGAGUGGAGGCAGCAGCUUUCCUUUUACCGGAAGCCAGUCAAGAACUGGAGUGGGACACAUACAUGGGAGUGGAGGCAGCAGCUUUCCUUUCACCGGAAGCCAGUCAGGAACUGGAGUAGGACACAUACAUGGGAGUGGAGGCAGCAGCUUUCCUUUCACCGGAAGCCAGUCAGGAACUGGAGUGGGACACAUACAUGGGAGUGGAGGCAGCAGGUUUCCUUUUACCGGAAGCCAGUCAGGAACUGGAGUAGGACACAUACAUGGGAGUGGAGGCAGCAGCUUUCCUUUCACCGGAAGCCAGUCAGGAACUGGAGUGGGACACAUACAUGGGAGUGGAGGCAGCAGCUUUCCUUUUACCGGAAGCCAGUCAGGAACUGGAGUAGGACACAUACAUGGGAGUGGAGGCAGCAGCUUUCCUUUCACUGGAAGCCAGUCAGGAACUGGAGUGGGACACAUACAUGGGAGUGGUGGCAGCAGCUUUCCUUUCAGCGGAAGCCAGGCUGGAACGGGAGUGGGACACCUACAUGGGAGUGGAGGCAGCAGCUUCCCUUUUGGUAGCAGUAGUCAGACUGGCACAGGUCAUCUUCACGGGAGUAGAACUGGGGGCCUGCCUUUCAGCGGUGGAAGCCAGAGUGGCACAGGCGUAGGUCACCUUCACGGAAGUGGAACUGGGGGCCUGCCUUUCAGCGGUGGAAGCCAGAGUGGCACAGGCGUAGGUCACCUUCACGGAAGUGGAACUGGGGGCCUGCCUUUCAGCGGUGGAAGCCAGACUGGCACAGGCGUAGGUCACCUUCACGGGAGUGGAACUGGGAGCCUGCCUUUCAGUGACAACAGUCACACUAGUGAGACGAAUCAUGCUAGUGAAGAUGACAGCACAGACCACAUUUCUGACAAGGGCAUUGCCUCUUUUGACCACAAUGAAGUCAAGGCAGGAAGCGACAACUCAGGUGGUGGCAGCCUUUUGAGCAGGACUCACGAUGAUGCUGAAGCUGGUGAAGUUAUCGCUUUGAAAGUUGAUCUGAAAAACUAUGGUCUCCCCAAAGUUAAGGCAGCCUGAUGGUCCACAUCUCCUAUUGCUACCUAUAUGUAGUUACAAAACCGGCACUUCUCUUUGUGACUAUCUGUGUCUACUCAAUAAGAGAAAUAACUUUAUCAAGAUAUGUUAGCAAAAUAGGUUAUGUUAAUAUUUUUAGCAGAAACUAGGGUCAUUUUGGACGCGGAAUUAUUUUAAGCUUUGGCAUGCAUUCCUUUAACAGUUUACUGGCUUGCUAAAAUGGGAAGAAAUGUAUUUCUAAUAAACUGUUCUUAGAUAUGCAA